AUGAGUCCCACUGCAGAAGAACAGCCCUACCAAGAAAUUCUUGUUGAAGAACAAGUUCGCUUGGCCGAGAUUGAAAAAGACAAUCUCGAGAUUGUUAAGCAGUGCCGUGCUGAUCCUGACUUGAUCGAGCAUGAUCCUUACUUCUUUGCUUCCGAAAGCCAAAAGGAACGCUCUUUAACUGCUGGUACACUGAGAGGUGCAGGAAAGAUUAUUGUUACUCCUGUCAUGUUCUACAACAAGACAUAUACUGAAGCUACCGCUGUUGUUCAUCUUGGUGCUAAAAUUUGCGGUCAUGAUGGUAUUGUUCAUGGUGGUUUAGCUGCUACACUUCUUGAUGAAGGUUUAGCUUGUGUUGCCCUUCCUUCUUUACCCAACAAAUUCGGCUUUACUGCCAAUUUAAAUAUCAAUUAUAGAAAGCCUAUUUUCUCUAAUCAAUGGGUUGUUAUGAAAUCCAAAUUAGAUAAGCUCGAAGACCGUAAAGCCUUCGUUUCUGCUUUUCUUCAAAGUUUAGAUGGUGAGACUAUUUUCACUGAAGCCACCUCUCUUUAUGUUUCCCCCAAAGUCAAGCCUCAGCAAUAA